AUGCUCCGGCUCCGCUCCUCCGCCCGCCUGCUCCGCAAGCUGUGCGAGGCGUCCCGGCCGCUGGGGCGCGGCGAGGUCCCAAGAGUGCCGCCGCUGCCGACGAUGACGCGGCGGCUCUCCGGCGCAGCCUCCGCCGCGCGCUCGACCUCGCUCCUGCACCCGCUGCCGGGGCUCGACCUCCCGCCCUGCCUCCCCGACCAGCUCCCCGCCUCCAGGGAGCAGAUGGUCUACAGCUACGACACGCUCAAGGCCUACAUUCCGCAGGCCGUCGAGGUGCUCCUCGACUCCGUCCGCAACCCGCUCUUCGUCCAGGACGAAGUUGACAGGCAGCUGGCCCUUACCCGAGAAGAGGUCCACGGGGUGCAGAAGAACCCGGAGAAGUUCCUUCAGGAAGUACUUAACCUUGCUGGAUACGAGGGGGCGCUCGCGAACCCGCUGAUAGCUCCCGAGGAGGCUCUUGAGAUCAUCAAUGCCGAUAUUAUUCGGAAGUUCUAUCAUGAAAACUUCACUGCUGAUCGUGUGGUUCUAGCAGCGUCAGGUGUUGAUCAUCAACAGUUGUUAGAUGUCGCAGAACCUUUGUUGUCUGAUUGGCACAAGGGGUCCCCUAUGGAAACACCAAAGUCUACGUACACAGGUGGUGAUUUCAGAUACAAAGCAGAAUCAGAUAUGACACAUGUCGCGUUGGCUUUUGAAGUGCCAGGCGGCUGGCUUAAAGAGAGAGAGGCUACAAUUAUGACCGUCAUACAGACCUUAAUGGGUGGUGGCGGCUCAUUCUCCUCUGGUGGUCCUGGAAAAGGGAUGCAUUCACGGCUUUACCUGAGAGUUCUAACUAAAUAUCACGGCGUCCAAUCAUUUUCAGCAUUCAGUAAUGUAUAUGAUAACACUGGCCUGUUUGGCAUCUAUUUGACAACGCCACCAGAUUUUGUUUCAAAGGCUGUUGUUAUCGCGGUGCAGGAAUUGAUCGCUAUUGCAACGCCUGGACAAGUGACGGAGGUUGAGCUGACACGUGCGAAAAACUCGACGAUUUCAUCCGUGCUAAUGAAUCUUGAAUCGAGGGUAAUUGUUGCAGAAGAUAUAGGGAGGCAGCUUUUGACUUAUGGUAGCAGGAAACCCAUUGAUCAUUUUCUUCAGUGCAUGGAGGAACUGACCCUAGAUGACGUUACAGCGUUUGCUAAGAUGAUGUUAUCUUCCCAACCUACAAUGGCUAGCUAUGGAGAUGUCAAUAAAGUUCCGCCGUAUGAAUUUAUUAGCAUGCUGCUCCAACGGUUCCGAUAG